CGGUCUGGUCGGCUAUCCGACUGUCUGCUUCUUCCGCUUGGCCUCAUGUGCCCCAGUUGGCUGAUAGACUCACGACUGUACAUUCAGCCGCCUAAUCGGCUGCUCCUCAAUCUCGGAUUGGCUGUACCGGAUACUGACAUGUCUGGUUGUCUUAGCGGCGGACCUAGGCCCGACUGCCUGGAGGGACAGUCUCUGAAUGUGGGCAAACUGUUCGACCUCAAUUCCAUCCCGGAGACUGGAGUCCGUCUCGAAAUUACCGUCGUCUGCUUUCGCGUCUCGCAGACGGGCACUCUGUUUGCCCUUGGUUGGCAUGGCUGA